AUGUUGAAGAAGCGGAAGAGGGACGAAGAAGGAGGAGCUAAGGAGAAGGAUAAUAUGGAGAUCGUGUGGCAAACGCCGGCGAAUCUGCCGGAAAAGCACGAUUACAUCUUUCGAAACGGGAGACGCCAUGUAAAGCCUUACUACUUCGAGUUCAUCUGUCAUGUCAAGAGUCGUUGGGCGGGGAAGACAAUCGUUGAUUUGUUCGCUGAUGAUUUCAGAGGCCGACCUUAUGAUUACUAUGUUGGUGCUGUCAAAUGUGGACGGAUAAAGGUGGAGGGAGAAAUGGUUCCAGUUUCUUACAUAGUGAAGAAUUCCCAGAAGAUUAGCCACUUUGUACACAGGCAUGAACCGCCAGUCAUGGCAUGCAAUGUUACCGUCCUGCAAGAAGAGCCCGAUGUUGUCACCGUCUGUAAACCAGCAACUGUGCCUGUCCACCCUUGUGGUCAGUACCGUAAGAACACUGUCGUUGGCAUUCUUGAGGCUGAACAUGGUUUAGGACCUUUAUUUCCUGUUCAUCGACUGGAUCGGCUGGUCUCAGGACUACUGAUCUUGGCCAGAAAUGCUUCAAAGGCUGACCUUUUCAGACAAGAAAUUGAAGCUGGAUUGGUGCAAAAACAGUAUGUAGCAAAGGUUGUUGGUGUUUUCCCUGAAGACGAGCAAGUUGUUGAUGUCAAUGUAAAUUUUAAUGCUCGAGAAGGAAGGAGCACAGUAGAGGUUGGUGAAUUGUGUGGAAAAUCUUCCGUCAAAGGAAAGGCUGCUUGUACUAAGUUCACUCUCAUUAGUACCAAUGGGACUCAUAGCAUUGUAUUAUGCAAACCUGUCACAGGCCGAACUCAUCAGAUACGAGUUCAUUUGAAACAUACUGGUCACCCCAUUGCAAAUGACUAUCUGUACCUGUCUGAGCAUGAGACUAGCUGGUGGCCAGAAGGAAUGAGUGCUGACAGAGCUGCUGCUCGUCGUUCCGGUUUUAUGACAUCUGAAGAUAAUGGUGCCACUAAUUGUGAAUCAAUCUGCAAAGAAGAUUUUGACGUUGAUCCAAUGUGUACCAACUGUCCAGAUUUGACUCCCAAAGGAUAUGAUGGGGAUGAAGACGCCCUGUGGCUUCACUGCGUCGAGUAUUCUGGGCCUGAAUGGAUGUAUCAGUGCCCAUAUCCAGACUGGGCUGUUCUAACUUGA